UAUCAUUGUGUUUGAUCAAAUGAAGAUGAAACCUUUGCAGUUGUUCAGAGUUUCAUGAAGGGAGAAAAAUGAUUUCGGAAAAAAAUGCAACAAAAGAUAAAAGUAAAUGAUCAGGAUAAGAUGAAUGCAGAAUGAGGUGACACGUAAUAGAAGUAUAAGAGGAAAGUCAUAUCCAAUGUUAUUAUGACUCGGGUAAUGCCUGCUUCAAACAAAUCUGAGCUAAUUCGAGUUGAAAUGGAGAUGAUGGAGUUACUUUUUUCUCCCUACUAUAGAAAGGCUGUAAGCAACAAACUAGUGAGACCCCCACAAAUUGACUUCUUACUCUUGGUCUUGUAAUUAACUCAAAGUUUUGUUUGGUACUAAAAAUUGAACUCUCCAUGGUUGUCUUUUUCUAUUCAAAAGAACAUGGAUGAGUUGGCAAUAACUGAAUUGUGAAGAUAACGAUGGGCGAAAAAAGAGAGAAGAUAAGAACAUAGUGGUGCUGAGAUGUUGAGAGAAGUCUGAGGGAGGAAAAGAAGAAUCCAAGAUUCGGAAGAAUCCAUUCCAUGCCAUGUUCUUAAAUGUAUGGAGCAAAAGUAAUUGAGUAAAAAUUGAACAAUGGCGUUUUCUAGAUAGAGAAUGAAAUUUGGAGGGUAAAACUUGGUAAUGGAAGUAUUGAACAUUCUCAUACAUGAUAUCACAAAUGAGGAUGAGUGAAUUGAGAAAGUUCUGAUAAAAUUUCUUUAUUCAUGUUAUGGGUAAUGGUUUGGAUUAACGACUUGUAUAUUGAAAACGAAUAUAUUAAGUUAUUCAGUUUCGAAUAUCUUCUAUGUAAGUAAUACAAAAAUAUUUUAAUAUGUAAUUAAAUUAUUACGUUUGAUUUAAUAAUAGGCAACCUUAAGGACAAUACUAAAAGUUUUCCAACCAAAAAUAAUAACGCGCCAAAAUUUCGAAUCCCAAUAGGUGGGCGGGACGAGGGAUAUUUUUGCUAACGGUUUUUUGGUAGCUAGUAUUCAAUAAUAAAAGUUUUUCCAGUCAAACACUUUAACGCUCGGAAACUUCUAAUCCUGACAUGUACUUGGUGGAGGAAUUUUUGGUCAGUGGUCAUUCUAAAAGUUGGUUUUCUUUAAUAAUUUUUCAAUCAAAUAGAGUAACUCCCCGAAUCUUCGAAACCGGAUUGGUAGUUACGACGAAGGAAUGUUUGGCCAACCGUUAUUCUAAAAGCUAGUUUCGUACUUUUCUUUCUCCAAAUUUGUGUUGUAUUAGGCCACCGAGGAAAAAAAAUAAACAUCAUGAUGUUGUUGCUCAAUGGUCUCUGUAAAGUGCAUUUUGGUUGGUGGUAAGGGCGACAUAUGGAUAUGUUCUCGUAUUGAGUCGCGACAUCAUGAUGACCUCGAAAAUUCUCUGCUUCCACAACUUUUGGUAGCAUUGGAUACUUUAGUUUUUUACAACGAUUAAAACUUUUGUCAGGUAGUUGCGGAAGAGGAUGCUCAGGUCAUCAUCCAGCAACCAUAUUAUUUCAUCAUUCAUCACAUUCUUAAGGUUCUUUCUUCUAAGACCUUUAACAACCGCUGAUUGAAUUGCUCAUACAAUGGUACACACAAAAAAAACAUUUUCCUUUUCUCAGGCCGAACUGAGGAUUAAAUUCUUAUAUUUAGCAAUCCAACCAUUAAUUAUGUUUGAAUUGAACAAGAUCUUAAGGACAAUACAAAAAGUUUUCAAACCAAACAUAAUAACGCGCCAAAACUUCGAAUCCCAAUAGGUGGGCGGGACGGAGGAUAUUUUUGCUAACAGUUUUUUGGUAGCUAGUAUUCCAUAAUAAAAGUUUUUCCAGUCAAACACUGUAACGCUCGGAAUCUUCGAAUCCUGACACGUAGUUGGCGGAGGAAUUUUGGUCUACAGUUAUUCUAAAAGUUAGUUUUCAUUAAUAAUUUCCCAAUCAAGCAGAGUAACGCUCCAAAUCUUCAGAUAGGUAGUUACGACGGAGGAAUGUUUGGCCAACCGUCAUUCGAAAAGCUAGUUUUGUACUUUUCUUUCUCCAAAUUUGCGUUGUAUAAGGCCAUCGAGGGGAAAAAAACAUCAUGAUGUUGUUGCUCGAUGGUCUCUGUAAUGUGCAUUUCGGUUGGUGGUCAGGGUGACAUAUGUAUAUGUUCUCCUCGUAUUGAGUCGGCAUCAUGAUAACCAGUAACCACGCAAAUUCUCUGCUUCCAGAACUCUUGAUAGCAUUGGAUACCAUAAUUUUUUAUUUUACAACGAUUAGAACUUUUAUCGGGUAGUUGCGGAAGAUGAUGAUCUGAUCCUCAUCCAGCAACCACAUCAGUUCAUCAUUCAUCACGUUGUUAGGGUUCUUUCCUCUGAGACCAUGUACGUUUAACAACCGCUGAUUGAAUUGCUCAUACAAUGACACACACAAAAAAAAAAAAAACAUUUUCCUUUUCUUAGGCCGAAUUGAGGAUUAAAUUCUUGUAUCUCAGAUCUAUCUCUUGAUACAUGUCUAUCAAUCAGAAGCAAAAAAACACCACAAUUAGAAGAAAUCCUACCAUGAUCAAGAAUAGUUGCAUUCAAACCAAAUAUGGCGCCAAAAUUAAACCCACCCCUCUUCUUCAUCUCCAUCUUUAUCUUCCAUGUUCAUCGAACCAAAGCUGUUGGGGCUUCUCUGCUGCCUCCUCAACUUAUUCAGAGCCGUUGCGAGAAAACACAAAAACCUUACUCCUUUUCAGCCAUUUGGCAACACUCUCUUCUCCCCACCAUUGGUCAAGCAUAACUCACCACCUUCAGUUUCUUUCCUUCCUUCCAAUGACCUCCUUUUUAACACUUGGCUGAUUUCCCCUGCCACCAUCUUUAAUUUUUUUACCUUCUUAAGAACCCUCAACCCCCUUCCUCCACAAUGCGGCACCCCAAACCUCUCUCACUUAAAGCUGGCAGUCACUACUGUUCUUCUUCUUCACCUGCUCUGUUCCAAUGGAGAACCAGGACCUUUCCUCUGUUUUGCCUACUCAAGAUCCCCAGCUCGAUCCCCUGCCUCAGGCUCUGCCACCGAGUUACCUCCCACCACCUGAUGACUCAGUGAGUCAAUUUUACUGGUCACAGAAGCAAGAGAGAAGGGUUCUUGAAUAUGCAUUCAGGACCAGGCUUGCGAGGAGUAAGAGGAAGCUAGCUCGCCAGAGAACCAUUUUGGCUAAGCUUUCUUCUUCCUCUUCUUCUUCUUCUGGUGGAGGUGUGACUGUGGAGAUAAAAAACAAGCCCGAUGAUGGCAGCAAGUGUUGGUUUGAUUUCUACACCCCAAACAGUAAAAGGCUGAGGGUGUUGUUGAAGAAGGAUCUGAAGAACAGUGAUGUGGGUUCUCUUGGGAGGAUUGUUCUCCCAAAGAAGGAGACCGAAGAAAACCUACCUUUCCUCAUAGACAAAGAAGGGAUUCAACUUGUGAUUAGACACCUCUACACACAACAAGAAUGGGUUCUGAAAUUCAAGUUUUGGAUUAAUAACAAAAGCAGAAUGUACGUCCUCGAGCACACGGGAGAAUUUGUGAAGCAAAAUGGGAUGGAGAGUGGAGAUUCUCUCUUCUUGUAUGAAGAUGAAAACAACAACCUGUAUUACACAAUUCAGAAGGCAUCAAAAUCAGGAAAAGCCGAGCCAUUAGAAACUACAACAGACAACAGUUACAAGAACUAUUUCGAGUCCUAUCCGGCUGGAGAUGAUGAUGAUGAUGUAUCAUUAGCGGUACUUAUCGAAGACCUCAAUCACAAAGAACAAAAGGAAGAAGAAGAAGUACGCAGCCUUAUGGAAGUAGUUUAUGCUUCAAAUGCUCAGGCAUCUGAAUUCAACUACAACAACUACACACCACAAAAUGCAUACCAAAGGCAAAUAUAGUGAAGUUUUAUAAAACAACAACAACAAAAAAAUAGAAAGAAAAGAAUGUAAUUGUAUCUAUGGUGUGUUAAUUUCUUCAAAGUACAAUCUCAGUAAGGUGUUGGGUGACUGAGUAUUAAGAAACAAAUGUUAGCAAUGUACUUCAAAGUACACCGAUGAACUCGUGAUAAUGGAAUGGAUAGGAAAUGUUUGUGUUUCGUUUUAUCAAACAAUACAUUGUGCAAAUACAUAAUAAUUUGAUCGAGAAAUCAUAUGUCGAAUAACUCAUCCAAAUGAAUUGUGCAAACGAUUGAUAACUACAAGUCUACAAACAGAAAGAAAGUGCAAGAAAAGUC